UGGUUUUCCUGGCCCGACGGGGUCUCUGAGUCUUUGCCUCCUGUAUGUUGUGAUGUGUCUGUGUGGGCGCGCCUCUGCCUAUCUGGCUUCUGGGCCUGUGCCCACCCAUCAGUGUCUCUCCACACACUUACAUCCACGCGUCCCUGUGUUUGUCCGUCCGCUUGGGUGGACACGGCGUGUGUAUCUGUUUUCUGUGUGUAUGCCUGGGUCUUGGUGCCCGUGUGUCUCUGCGCACUUCACCGUGGAUUCUGACCCGUUGCGUGUGUCUCCGAUGUAGGCCAUGCCCUUGUCCCUCCGUGCAUGUGUUUAUGUGCAUGCGUGUGUGUGUCUGCCCGUCUGAGGGUCAGAGUCAGGGUUCCCCGGUUGGGUAAGGACCCCCAUCGCAGGGUCCCUGGAAGUUUCAAUCAGAUCCUGGGCAAGGCCGUUGCCUCCCAAGCAGCUCCCACCCCCAGUCUGUCAGCCGCCCACCCAGGGCUCCAUGCAGCCCAUCGCUGCCAUCACCGGAGGAGCUACGUGGGCCGGCGCCCAGAUCUGCCUGGGCAUUCUCAGGCGUCGCUGGUCGGGUCCCUGCAUAGCUGGAGCAGAGGACGGUGCCCGGCUCCCAGCUGGGCUGAGUUGGCAGGGGGAGAAGGAGCAGUGUGCGAGACUCCUGCUGUCGGCAAAGGGAGAUCUCCGGGGCCACGGAGAGCGUCAACCUUCUCUUCUUCCCUUGCAGAUCCCUGGAGCUCAUCUGAUCGCCAAAGACUUGGUCCUACAGUCCGGAACACUGUCUUGGGACAGCAACGACAGACUGACAGGGGUCAUCAUGACAUCGGACUUCUCCUACGACGACAAAACCAAGGAGCUGGAGGUGAAGAGGGCUGGGAUCUACUACGUCUAUAUCCAGCUGGCACUCAAGAGAGUGCUCCUGUCAGACUCAGAGGAAAGCAAUGUCACGAUUUCCAUCCAUCGGACCUGGGACAACAGGUCGGAGCUGUCGCUCACCACCCACUUGAAAGGCGAAACCCCCGAUUCUGUCUCUAAGUUCUCCGCCUCUCUGCUGUCCCUGCACACUGGGGCCCGCCUCCAUGUGAACUUGACUGUGCCGCAUGCGCUUCAUGGGUGGCAGCUGAACGAAGAAAAGGUCAACUUCUUCGGACUCUUUCGGGUGGCUGAGGCGGGCAGGUAGCUGCCGUAAGAGUGCCUCAGGGGUCUGGGUCCUGGGACGAGGAACCAGGAGCUGGCUUCUUCUAGCCCCCCUCUCCCCCCCACGGGGGUCCCCUGGCAUCUGGGCUCUUGGCCACCCACAGUGUGAGCCACAAACAGAGGGUUGGUUGUGUGGAGAUGCCUGGCCGCAUGCCUAAUGGCAGGGGAACUUGGCGGUCCGGAAAAUGCCACUGGUAUCAACGUGCCAAUCUUUGCCGGGGCCUCCUUAUUUAUUGUUGACUCUUGUUUCUAAUUUAUUCCAGUUGGGAGAUGGAUGGGCGUGCUGCUGCUGCUUUUGAUUUUUCUGUUUUGUAGACCUGAAGGGCCUAGAGUGGGCCCAGGCUGUUGGAGGAAGAGGGCCAGAGGCUCCUGUGAUGGGGGCUGGGGGUGGCACUCGAACUGACCAGGCAGGUGGGGUGUUUGCUUUCAAGUAAUGGGAUGGCGUGGGAUCACUAGAUGCGGUGGUUGGUGGGAAUGAUGAGCCUCUCUAUCAGGGAGGAGGUCGGAAGGCCUGAGGGCAAAAGAGAAGGAUGAACGGGAAGCUGUUAGUUGUAUUCCUUUGCCUGCUCUCCCUCUGUAGUUACAUUUCUGCUCCACCCUGUGCUUUCUGAUUUCUGCCGGCUUCUCAGAGUUGGGGGCCAGGUGGUCCAGGCCCAGCCCUGGAAGGCUGAGGCAGCAACAGGAAGCUGGGAGUUCCCUCUCAGGGAGGGGCACACUGGCUCAGACCCUUUCUCCUCUAAAUCAGAUGGCAGAUUGAAGGAAGUCAGAGUUUUAGGAGCUUGGAGAUCAACGGAGGAGAGCCCCUCCCCUCCCAGAUUGAGCCUUGGAGGUUGUUUUUUUAAUGGUAUUUGUUAAGCACUUACUCUGU